UUCCGGAGGACCUCAGUCCUUAAAAUGGAGAGAGAGCGAGCGGCCAAAUCCAAUUUGUAGUUGCGUUCAGGGUUCGGGUUUUCGAGAUUUCGCUGAAGCUCCAUUGCGUACAUUCUCAAUCUUCUAGCUGUUUUGCAGCUAAUUUCAUCAGAUUCUUCUCGAUUCCUCUUCGAUUUCUUGUUUGAUUAAAGUCACCUGGGAAUGCUGAAACAUGUGUAUGCAAGUCGAGGCUUUCUUCUCUGAUGUUGAUGAGGUUAUUCAACCAUCGUGGAUGCCUUGUUACGUGCUUCAUGAAAUUGGUUAUUUAAUUCGUCAACCAUACAGCUCGGGAUGCCAAAUGGCCACGGCAGCUUUCAAUGCAAGAGAACCUGUAUUCAAGCACAGGGAUGAUAAAGAUGGUUGAGUUUAUGUUUAAAUAUUACUUGACUGAUUCUUCUGUCCAGUGGCAGUAGCUGUUACUAUUUUUUUUUUUAGUUAAGUAUACGUUUGUCAUGGAGAACAAAGGGGCUAUCUUGAUGCAACGUUAUGAAUUAGGAAGGCUUCUGGGGCAGGGAACUUUUGCCAAGGUUUACCAUGCUAGGGACAUUAAAACUGGUGUGAGUGUGGCUAUUAAAGUUAUCGACAAGGAGAAGAUCUUGAAGGUUGGGAUGAUCGAUCAAAUCAAGAGGGAGAUCUCUGUCAUGAGAUUAAUUAAGCAUCCCAACGUAGUUGAGCUUUAUGAGGUUAUGGCAACCAAAACUAAAAUUUACUUUGUCAUGGAAUAUGUCAAAGGUGGUGAGCUAUUCAACAAGGUAUCCAAAGGAAAGCUUAAAGAAGCUGUUGCACGGAAAUAUUUUUGGCAGCUGAUCAGUGCUGUCGAUUAUUGCCACAGUAGAGGAAUAUGCCAUCGAGAUUUGAAACCGGAAAACUUACUGUUGGAUGAACAUGGUAACUUGAAGGUUUCUGAUUUUGGGUUGAGUGCUCUUGCCGAAUCUAAACGCCAAGAUGGAUUGCUCCAUACUACCUGUGGAACCCCUGCUUAUGUUGCUCCAGAAGUCAUUAACAGGAGAGGUUAUGAUGGAUGCAAAGCUGAUAUUUGGUCAUGUGGAGUGAUUUUAUUCGUUCUAUUGGCUGGUUAUCUCCCAUUCCAUGAUUCUAAUCUAAUGGAGAUGUAUAAGAAGAUUGGGAAAGGAGAAUUUAAAUUCCCCAACUGGUUUGCCCCAGAGGUGCGCAAGCUGUUGUCAAAGAUUUUGGAUCCUAACCCAAAUACCAGGAUUACUAUUGCCAAAAUAAUGGGGAGUUCUUGGUUAAGGAGGGAGAGUGUGAAACCAAAAAUUAAUACCGAGGACGUGAAAGAAGUAGCUCCUUUGGACGUUGAUGCAAUUUUUGUGUCUACGACCGAUGACAGGGAUUCUGUCAGAGAGCUGAAGCAAGAAGUGGGAAAGCCAUUGAAUAUGAACGCGUUCGACAUAAUCUCCUUGUCAUCAGGUUUCGAUUUGUCAGGAUUGUUCGAGGAUACUAGUCAAAAGAAAGAAGUAAGAUUCACAUCGAACGAGUCUGCAUCCACCAUCAUCUCUAAACUUCAAGACAUUGCAAAGUGCCUGAAACUGAAAAUCAAGAAGAAAGACAAAGGCGUACUGAAGAUCGAAGGGUGCAAGGAAGGUCGAAAAGGAGCUGUAUGUAUUGAUGCAGAGAUUUUCGAGGUCAUCCCAUCAUUCCAUAUUGUCGAAAUGAAGAAGUCAAACGGAGAUACUCUUGAAUAUCACAAGUUAAUGAAAAACGAUAUAAGACCCGCCCUGAAGGACAUUGUCUGGACCUGGCAAGGCGAGCAGCAACAGAGACAGCUACCAGAAGCAGAACAACAAUGUCGAGAAGAAACGCAACAACAGUCUUCUACCGAUCAAGGACUGUUGGAGGCUUCUCCUUAGAGUAUGAGGUACUAUACUCACCCCUAUCUUUUAUAUAUUAUUACAUAUCGGAAGCUUGUAGCAUAACAUUUUGUAAUGAAUGCUUAUUUGUUUGUUGAUAUUAUGUCACAAGGCUUAUUUAUAAGUUACUUUCUCCA